AUGAAUAAUAUAAAAUUUUUUAAUAAAUUUUCAAUCUUUAAAAAGUCAAAAAAUUUAUUUAUUAGACGGAAGGGAUUUUCUACAUUUUUGUACUCACAGAAUCCAUCAGCUAUUAAAGCACUUGACUUAAUUAUUGAUUCAUUAUCUCCUUCAUUGACAUCAGAUGAUAAUAAUUAUGGUUCAAAUGUAGUAGUAGUUUUAGCCUCAAAAAAUUAUGAUUCAAAGGAACUUGAAUUGAUCCCUAACUAUCUUUAUUCAUCAAAAAUUAAACCUGGGAUUUUAAUUGGAUGUGUUGUUGAUAAAAUAUUAACAUCAUCUUCGCAUGAUGGCAAUUUUAAUUGGAAAAAUGGAUUAGCAAUAUGGUUUAAUCCUGAAGAAUUAAAGAUUGAAAAGGAGUUAGAGACAAAAUUGUUUGAUUUAAACAUGUUCCAAUCAAUCUCCACAAUUCCAAAUAAAUUUGAACUUCCUGAUGAAUUGAAAUCUCUGAAGCAAGCAACUGAUUCAAGGUAA